ACAUCACAAACUGAAAGCCCAGUGAAUCACCCGGCUGACACACUGCCACGUGUCACCCCUCCUCAGGUACUGUAAUAACAUUUGACUUGUCCUCAUCUUCGCAAUUUACACAACCCCUCUCCCUCGCUAUGGCGACCUCGCUGUUAAAAAAAGUGUGGGAAUCAGUCUCGAACCGGUCGAGCUCGAGCUCCGGUUCAACAUCGAUCACUACAAGAUCAUCAUCAUCAUCAUCAUCGUCUUAUGUUGAUGUAGCUGAGAUAUGUUUACACACAUCUUUCACUGGAGCAUUUGAUCGAAUACCUAUAGAUAUAUUUGUACAAAUUCUAAAAUUACUGGGCCCCAAAGAGACGGCGAAACUGUCGGCGGUGUGCAAGUCGUGGAAGUUUAUUGUGUCGGAUAAUCGGCUGUGGAUUUAUUUUCUUCAGAAUAAUGAGCAGCCCUGGGAGUCUGUUUUCUUCGCGGAGAAUUAUCUGCGCUCCGGAUAUGAUCAUCUUCUAUCAUUGCCUAGGCAGAUGCCUGAGCUAUCCUUCAUGCAUAUCUAUGGCCAACGCGCAAGGGUCCCUGGUGCUAUUAUCAUUGAUGGUGGUUCGGGCUAUUGCAAAUAUGGAUGGAGCAAAUAUGAUAUACCAUCUGGGAGAUCAGCAACAUUUUUGGAAUUUGGUAACAUUGAGUCUCCACUGUACUCUCGACUUAGACAUUUCUAUGCAACAAUCUAUAGUAGGAUGCAGGUGAAGUCAUCAAGGCAUCCAGUUGUUGUGUCCGUUCCAAUAUGCCAGUAUGAUGAUACGGACUCUGCUAAAGCGGCUAGAAGACAGCUAAAGGAAGCCAUGUACUUGGCUCUGUAUGGCAUGGAUGUUCCCGCUAUUGUUGCUAUCAACCAGGCAACUUUGGCUUUGUUUGCGGCAAGGCGGACUUCAGGCAUUGUUGUUAAUAUUGGUUUCCACCAAACAUCUGUUGUUCCAAUUCUACAUGGUAAAGUUAUGCGCAAGAUAGGCGUGGAAGUUGUCGGGAUAGGAGCUUUAAAACUUACUGGAUUCCUAAGGGAGCAGAUGCAACAGAGAAAUAUGAAUUUUGGAUCCCUCUAUACUGUACGCACAUUGAAAGAGAAUCUCUGUUACGUUGCCCUUGAUUAUGAAGCUGAAUUAUCCAAAGAUACAAAGGCAUCCUUUGAAGUAGCAUCAGAUGGUUUGUUUACACUUUCUAAAGAACGUUUUCAAACAGGAGAAAUCCUAUUUCAGCCACGUAUUGCAGGAUUGCUUGCAAUGGGUGUGCAACAGGCAGUGGCACUUUGCAUGGACCAUUGCCUAUCUGCAGAUAUUGAUGAUGAAGGUUGGUUUAAGACUAUAGUUUUAGCCGGGGGAAGUGCAUGUUUACCUGGACUAGCAGAAAGGCUAGAGAAGGAACUACGUGGAUACUUUCCGUCCAUGUCUAAUGGAAUCAGAGUUAUCCCUCCUCCAUAUGGUGCGGAUUCUGCAUGGCAUGGGGCAAAGCUUGUUAGCAAUUUGAGCACCUUUCCAGGUUCUUGGUGCAUGACUAAGAAGCAAUUUCGAUAUAAAUCUCUUCACAACCGUAUAUGGUAAAGCAGACUAGUGAUCUGAAGAGAGUAUGAACUUAUUUUUACUAGAAGUUCAUGAACUGUAUUAGUCUUUAGUGUAUAAACUUUCCAGAUUUGUCACCAAAUAAAUGUGUAUCAUGAAGGAUAGAGGUAGUACAAAAAGAAAGUAUGCAGGCAAGAACUUUGUAAACUUGCCUAUAGAGUAUAGAUCAAAGAUAAACACCACAUAACAGUUUAUUUAAUUAUAUUUCUCCAUAAGUUCCAUUCAAAGCGUUUUUUACAUUAA